AAGAACCAGAAAACGAAUGGUUGGCCUUUGAAGUAAAGGUUUAGACAGCGAAGCUGGGAAUCAAAGCAAGACCUGUUUCUUUAAAAAAAAAUAACUUAUGUUUAAUGCCAUCCAGUUCAUAUUAUAUGUAUUUAUUUUUCAACGGAGACCCAUGUUCCAUAAGCAAAUCUAUUAGGAAUAAUCAAAGGCAUUAACCGGAAGUAAGCUUUCUUUCUUUUCUUUUUUUUUUUAGCUUGACAGCGAUUCACCGCACCCACUGGAGGCAGGAGGCUGCCUCAGCGUGCUGGUGGGGGGUGAAGCUGGAGCAUCCUUGUUUUGUCUUGCAGCCGACAACAAACGCAUUUUGACGUUGGCACUUGAAGCAGACAUGGCUCGCGAGUGGGGAGGGAGCCAUUCGUCGUUGAGUUAGCCGACUGGCAGCUUUUAUUGACCUCAACCCUUUCUUUUAAUUCAACACCAUGGCUAAGCAGUACGAUGUGCUCUUCCGACUCCUGCUUCUUGGAGACUCUGGGGUUGGAAAAACGUGUUUGCUAUGCAGAUUCACUGACAAUGAAUUUCACCCGUCUCACAUUUCAACUAUAGGGAUCGACUUCAAAAUGAAGACGCUGCUCAUUGACGGAAUCAAAGUGCGAAUCCAGAUAUGGGACACUGCAGGCCAGGAACGCUACCAGACCAUCACUAAGCAGUACUACCGGCGAGCGCAGGGAAUUUUCUUGGUCUACGAUAUCACGAGCGAGCGCUCUUUUCAGCACAUCAUGAAGUGGGCAAGCGAUGUGGACGAGUACGCGCCAGAAAAGGUACAAAAGAUCCUGGUCGGGAACAAGUCGGACGAGGUGGACAAGAGGCAGGUGGCCACAGAGCAAGGUGUUAAGCUGGCCCAAGCUUAUGGAAUGGAUUUUUUUGAGACUAGUGCCUUCACCAACCGUAACAUAACAGAGACUUUUACACGGCUAGCCGAGCAGGUGCUGGCGGCCAACAAGAAGGACCUGGAUCUUCUUCGGAUGUCUCUGAACGAUGAGCUGAACCUGGCUGCUCUGGAGGAAGAGGAGGGAUUGUGUGACGGCGGGUCCGCCGACCAGGGCAAAGGCUGCUGGUGUUAAAAGAUAGAGCUGACGUGUGACGGGUGUGAGGGGACGACGCUGGAAAUUGUCAAAUGAAAAGCCAGCUGAUUGAGCAUUUCGUGGACACCCUUGAGAUCCAACUUCAGGUCCGUGUCGUAGUGCGCUCUUUGUCCUCGCUCGUAAAAUCAGCUCGGGUGCACAAGUUGAAUGUGUUACUAGUCACAUUUUAGUUUUUCCCACUACUAGUGCCACGCUUGGCCUAGAAGUAUGCAAGCAUUGCUCAAAGGACGUUUCAAUAUGUAUUCGAUACAUGCUCAAAUGGUCCAUAUUUCCAAUUUAUGGAGUGAUCUGUGAUCUCUAACGCUGAUGGUUUCAUGACUCUCCUUCGAAAUCGGGCAGCGCAGUUUCUCCAAAACAGAAUUGGCAUGCAAACAAAUUCAACGCAUUUCCAGAAGGUCUGUGCGUAGAUCGACGCCAGCAAUGGUGUUUUUAGGGAGCCAACAUCUUUGAAAAAUCUCCCUUCAUUCCCGAGACAAGUGAACAGUUUUUUUGCAGACCGAUUUAAUUUAAUUGCAACUUCAGUGAAGUUAAAACAUCAGCUGGCUAUAAAUUCCAAUAGGAUUCAACCAGAGAUGCCUCUCGGAGACAGAAUGAGCGUUCACUUUUGUGUGCACCCUUUUCGUAUUCUUAAACGUUACUCGUGGACUUGAAAUGACAGUAUGUGUGUGCGUGUGGGUGAUGUUGAAUGGUGUUGUCCCCC